AUUAGUUUGUAGUUUACUUCUUGUUUUUUAAUUUUCCUUUUAUUCUCUUAUUUUCUCCUUUAAUAAACUUCAAAUUUGGCCUAUUUUUAAGGGAUGCAUGCUAUGUAUGUUUGGAUUGUUUCUGAUUCUUUUUUACAUUCUAGAAGACUGAAAGAAAUUCUUGUUGAUAAUGCAAAAUUGUUGAUUAUCUUUGUGAAUGAUAAUUACAAUCCUGUGGAAAGGAGAGAAGGCAGGAAAAGUGGGAAAGAAGUGGUCAGGAAAUCAGCAAACCUUCAAGUUUCUGCGAAACCGAACACUUCUAGCAACAAAUCUCAUUCAUCUCACAGCAACAGGAGAGCUGAUAUGUGUUCUACUAACACUAAUAACCAGUCUCUUAGAGCUGCCAAACCCAGCUCUACUACUGCUGUAUCUGUGUAUGAAGAACAGAUUACAGAGCUGAAGUUAUCAGUUGACAGUCUUGAGAAAGAGCGCGAUUUUUAUUUCUCAAAGUUGAGAGACAUUGAAAUUUUAUGUCAAACACCAGAGAUCGAGAACUCACUUAUUGUGGCAGCAAUGCAAAAGAUAUUAUAUGCUACGGAUGAUGAAACAUCUGUGGUGGCUGAAGCACAAGCCAUAGUAUCACAGCACAUAAAGCAUUUAAGUCCGAUAGUUGAGGUCUCAGAAGAGAGUACAAUGGUUGAAAAUCAGAGGAAAAGCAUUGAUAUCGAUACUCAUACAAACGGAAAAUCUGAUGUUUCUGAUGUUUCUGAUGUUUCUAAUACAGUUACUAUUAGUUUGUAG